UUUCUUGAUAUACUGAUUAAGUGUAAGCAAAGAUUAGGCAAAUUGGCCAUGAUGUUGCAUGUCCCAGAAUAGCCCUCAAGCGGCGUUGAGAAGCUUUGACCAGCACUCGGAAGAAUACCGGAUGCACUCUUUCAGUUGUUUUAGCCUUUGUUAUCAAGAAGACAUGAGAGUUAUAAGCUGCCUCACCACAAUAUGAACAACACCCCCCCCCAGGGGCCUCCUGCCCAGGGGAUGUCCUCCGAAAGUGGGCACACAUUACCAUCCCGGUUAUUACAACCCACCUCCGAUCCUUCUGUUUCUAAAAGAGUAUGUUUCUACAAAAGCGGGGACUAUAAAUUCAGUGGUCACCGCAUGGUCAUCAACGCCCGCACCUUCAAGACUUUUGAUGCUCUUCUAGAUACUUUAUCCAAGAAAGUGCCUUUGCCGUUUGGAGUGAGGACAAUCACUACACCCCGCGGGACCCACUUUGUCAAGGGUUUGGAAGAUUUAAACGAUGGAGGUUCAUAUGUGUGCUCUGAUCAGAAACGGGUGAAGCCGCUCAACCUGGAUGAAGUGAACCGGCGGCAGGUACCUUGGAAUACCACCAGGCUCUUCAACACGGGGAGGCAACGGCGUCCUGGACCACAGCCUGGGCAGUUUGGCAGGAGGAAUGAAGCCACCAAAAGGCCAGCAAAGGUCAAUGAGAGGGCGGCGGUACGGACACCAAAGAGACUCACAGUCAUCAAGAAUAAGGAUCCUAUGGUUAAACGCACAGUUGUGUUGCAGAGAAGAACAGCACCAACAUUUGAAGCCUUGCUGGAUUAUCUGUCCCACAUCCUGCAAUUCCCUGUGCUCAAACUUUACACCACAGAUGGAAGACGAGUUGAUGGACUUGCUGCACUUAUCUUGUGCUCCGGAGUCGUUGUGGCUGCAGGCAAUGAGCCCUUCCGAUUAGGGAACUACAGUUUUCACCAAGCCAGCCAGAUGUACAUGGAAACUGUGGAAUCGUCUAUGCUGCAACCUCCAGCUUACAACAACAAACCCCUCUCAAGUGGAAGAGGCUUAAAGAAUUUUUCCCAAUCAUCAGAGCGUUACAUCGUCAACCAAAUAAAUGCGUCUCGAAAUGGAAGCACAAACAAUAACCUUCAUCAUAACAAUGAUUCCUUUGUGACAGAAAUCAACCAGAGACAGAUGUCUUUGGAAACAUGUGAAACUGCUCAGGCUGAUAAUGACCACUGCCCCUGCAUUGUUCCUCAGGACAAUGACAUUGAAAAGUCCUUCUGUGUAAACCAAGAUGGUAGCAUGACAGUGGAGAUGAAAGUGCGUCUGACCAUUAAGGAGGAGGAGAUGCUCCACUGGACAACCACACUCAGCCGCACCAGCCUUAGCAAGAGGACAGUUUGUCUGGUUCCUGAGUUGGGCAAUAGUUCACCUGACUCGAACAAUGCAGUUGCCAAAAACUCAUCUAGCAUCAGUGAAGACGAGGCUAAAGAAGAGAACCAUCCUACUGUAACAGAGAGAGGUGUUGGCUUUAAUAAUGAACAGUUAUGUCAGGAUUAUACUUCCACACCCUUGGAAAAAACAAAACCCCGUUUCAAACGUACUCCUACACCAGGUCCUCGACAUGUCAAGAAGUCGUCUGUUGACAGUGUGAAAAUGGUGACAGAGUCAGCGGUUCAGGAGAGUACAAUGGGACAUUAUUCCUACAUGGCGAGGACAGCUGAUGGUGGGACGGCUGAGGGGUACUGUGUGGUCCGACACAGCAGCAGCAGCAGCAAACGCCCAAUCCCAAGGCCUCGGAAAACAGCAUCAGCUGGAACAAACAAUAAAGGCUCCACCUUCUCAAUGAAGUCAACAGGAGUAGCUGAAGUUCUUCAGAUACAAAAUAAGGGUAUAGGAGUUCGAGAGACUGUGAUGCAUAUUUAUGAGAGUCAAGGCUGUCAUGAUAACUACUUUGCAAAUGAGCAAUAUAGUGCAGACAGUGUGCCUUUGCACGACUCUUCUCCAGUGCCAGGAAGCAAACCAUCCACUGACCGCGGGUCACGUUUAUCCAGCAAUGACUGUGAUAUAGAUUCUACCUGGCAGCCACCCAUUGCUGACUCACUACAAAGACAGAAGGAGGAGAUUUUUUCAUUGUCUUCAGAGCCAAUGUCACCUGCUCACAAGAUUACAAAUGACUUAUCCUCUGUGACUGUGAAUGAGACCCAAGCUGAAACAACCUCUCGUAUUCAGUCCCAGCAUAAGGAGAAAGUUAAAGACAAUGCUAUUGGUGAGAAGAAAAAGGUGAUUAAACCGGCCAAGAAGCGGAAUACUUCAAGUAGUUCAGAAAAGAAGCAAAAGGAAACUACUAUAAGCCCUUUAAAGAAUAGCAAAAAAUCAUCUUCCGACAAGAUCAGCAGCAAAGCCAGUGUUGGAAAAAAGAGUUUCACGUCAUCUGAAAGUGCUAAAAGUGGUCAAAAGAACAAAGCAAUAGAAAAACCUCAAAUGAAGAAAUUUAGUAGGGAUGAGAAGACACCCAGCAAAGAGAAAGCCUUAUUAGCUAAUAUUGAAAAUGUAAAAAGAACUCCAUCCAAAAACACAAGUAAAGCAGCUCUCAAGGAAAAUGGCCACAAUGUAAAUAAACCUGAAACAAAGACGGGAAGACUUCAAAUGAAGAAGAACAUUUCUGACUUUUUACAACCCGAAAGAUCACUUCUGGCUGGGAAAAAGACAGUUAGCAAACCCAAAUCAAUGACUGAAAACAGAGCACCAUCUCCUAAAAAAUCUUUAGAAAUGAAUGAGAGUGUUUCAAUGCCUUUGCUCAAUCCCUCACCGUCUGAAAUCCAUCAGUAUGUUGAGAACUGGUUAGAGAAGGUCAGCCCAGAUGCAGUGCCAUACACAGAGGAGACUGACAUUUAUAACUCAGAACCUCAGAAAAAGGUUGCGUUUCAGAUAGGUGGUGAGUCUGAAUCUGAAGAGAAGAGUGAAAAGCAAAGUAAUCCAGAAGAAUGCUGUCCAUCAUCUGAUGGUGCUAUAAAAAAUUCAGGUUCUUGUCUGUCAGUGCCUCUUUGUCACGAGGAGCAGGGAAAAACUGUGGUGCAUCGUCAGCAGAUGGCAAGAGGUCCAUGUGUUUCAAUGCCAACUGUUAGAGUAGAACCAGAACACCAGGAAAACCCACUGAGGUCACAUAAGUCUGCUGAGGCCAUUGGUCCAGCUGGUGACGAAUCAUCAUCAUCUGCACAUAACAUCUUAAGCCCCAAAACAAAGAUGAAACCUGUCCUUGAGCAAAUUUGUUCAUCAAUGGAAUGCAUUAGGAAGGCAUCUGACACAAAUCUUGAAAAGUCCAAUAGCUAUCCUGAUUUUCCAACACAAGUGGCAUCAGUGUUUGGCUCGUCAUACAAAGCCUUCCUGUCGUUCGUGUCAGUAAUGACUCUGCGAGACACUUUAACAGAUGCAACUGAAGAUGGCAACUCAGAGGCCAUGCUAAUGAUGGAAUCCCUGCAGAAAAUUUCCACUAUUGAAAAUGAGGAAGAGCAGAGGGCAAGUCUGACAGAUUUGCAAAACAAAGCAUCUUCUCAGUUCAGAGAACACUGGAAGGAUUUUCAGAUCCUGAGGGAACGAAUCGAAAGUGAAGCAAUGUCGCCUAAAUUUUCAGACACAGAAUUUGCCCUGGAGGUUACCUCUGAAGGGGGGGAUGUAUUUGAUGAGAAUCAGUUAGGUAUUGACGAGCUUAUGGAUGAGUUAAACAUACCACAAGACCUCAGAGAAGAAAUUACUUCAACAAUCCAACAAGUUAAAAGUUUUUAUCUGACAGAGGAGAGCCCUUUAGCAAAUACUGCAAAACAAUCACCAGAACUUGACAGCACAUGCGAAGGUGAAAACAUAAAUGAGAUCAUGAGUGGAUCAGAGCAAAAAACUGAGUUAGAAAAACAAGAAACAGCCAUUGAUUUUAAAGAAACCGAGCAAAGAGACGAAUCCUUAACAGAUGAAGAAAAUGAGAUACAAGGAAAGGGAGUAGAGAACCAGGGAGAUGAUGAAGAUAGAGAGGAUGAUGAUAUAGAAAAGAUAAAUGACGUUGCUCAAGAAAGAGGAAAAACGGAACAGGAAAGCUGUGAAGAGGCAGAGGAGAAAGUAAAUAAGGAAGAAAACUGGGAUACAGAACAGGAUGAAGCAGGGAGUGGAAAUCAGGAGGAAGAAGAGUCGAUCGAGAAGGUCGAAGAAACAGUGGAUGAAAGUGAGGAUAAUUUAAAAGGUGAGAUGGAAACAAAUGAGGAAACAGAUGAUAGAUUAACAGAUGAAGAAGAUCAGGAGGGAAGUGAAGACAAUAGUGUUGAAGAGACAGAUGACAGAGAGGCUGUUGAAGGACACACUACUGAGGAAAGUGAGGAGGAAAAAGAUGAGGAAACAGAAACAGAGGAUGAUAUCCAGGUGAGAGAUGAGGAAGAAGGGAAUGAAAAUAUAACUGGGGAGAGAGAACAGGAAGAGGAAACAGAGGAUGUUAUUGAGGAGAAGGAGGAGGAAGAAGCAGAAGUGAUGAGUAAGGAAAGCGAGGAAGAGGAAGAUGUGAAUGAGGGGGAUGAGGGAGAACAGGAAGACAAAGUUGAGGACGAGGAUGGUGGGGAGGUAGAGGUUAAAGGUAUGGAAGAAAGGAUGAUCACUGAUCAAGAAGAGGAGUCUGAUGAGGGUGGAGAAAGUAGAAAAGAGAUGAAGACAACAGCCAUGAGUGUAGAAGAAGAAUCGAUAGUAGAGGAAGAACAGGUAGACAAUCAUUUGAAAGCAGGUCAGACUUUAGAUGAAGAAGAGGAGGAUGAAGACGAAGCAGGAAGUGUUGAGUUAAAUGAAAAAGCUGAUAAUGAAGUAGAUAGUUGGACAGGUGGUCAGGUCAGUAAAAACCUGCUGCUGGAAGAAGCAUCGUAUUUGCAUCAGCGGAGUGGUAGCUGUGAUGAGGAUCAAGCACAUUCGCAUUCUGAUAAAGCAGAUCUUAACACUGAGUCACCGACCAAAUAUUCCUCUGAGGGUCAGAGUGUAAAAGAAAAAGAUAAAGGAACAGACUCUGCUAAUGAGUUUGAAACAGAUGAAGGAGGGGAGGGGGAUGAACAGAGAAGCCUUCCACACCUAGUGGAAGUAUCACAGGAAUUGCUCGAUUUUGUCAACUCUGCCCUGAAGUCUUCAUCGCUUAUAUUCACGUACGACUCUCAGGGUAACGUUAGGAUAGAGCCAGAUCGUAGCAGAACCGUACAAACAAAACAAAAAGCUGUUCAAAAAAGGAGAAAGGAUAAUUCAUACGGUUUUAAAUGUCUUCCAAGCCCGAGCACAUCGGAUUUAUCUGAUUACAGACCAGAAUCUUCAGGAAGCGGUGGAUACAAAACUCAGGACUCUUUAGAUAUUGUGACAGAAAGUGGAGAAGAGGCUUCAGAGAGGCCUUUUCCAGUCUGCAGACAUUCAGCGCAAAAGAACAAUAUCCCUAACAGGAAAACCGAUGCGGAGCGGGCUAGCUCCAAGCAGUCAAACACAAGUCAAUCAAAAAGUGCAAAGAGCUUUUCAACCGAUGGCUCGGGAACCAAAGCCUCAAAGGAAGAUCUGUCUUAUUUCAGUGCUGCAAGCUCAUUAAAGCCAAACAGUGAACCUGCUAUGGAGGCUGCUCAGUGCAUGUCUUUUCCCUCAGAAAAACAUUCACCUGAUGAUGGAGUUUUGAUUGACCAGGGUAGAUGGCUGCUCAAGGAGAAUCAUCUCAUUAGAAAAUCUCCCCCAGUCUCCGUCGGGAUGUACGGACAGUCAGAGAAUACCUCCACUGACACUACAUCAGAGGAUUCCCCAAGUCACAUCAAGGCCCAGCACAGUCCACUUGCGGCCAUAUCUUCAUCAGAACUGGAGGAAAUGGCUAAACCUCAAACUCCCAAGUGUACCUACUUCAACAUGCCACACGGGAGCGAUUCGGACCCUUUUAUGGAUGAUGCCAGUGUUCUAAGCGGCAAGAACUGUACGAGCAGCUUCAAAGGGAGGGGUGUCAAGGUGUCACCUACUAUUGAUACGUCCAAAACAUGGGCGAAUAAGAACGGCAGCAUGUCUUCAUUUGCAUCAGUUGAGUUUAAAGUACCAGACAGGAAAGUUCAUCCUGAGGGAGAAUCCUCAGCUGUGACACAGCCAAGAAGGACAUCUAGUGCACGAGCGGGUGCACUGCAAGAACAGGACUCAUUGGAAACAUUACAUCUAAGAUGUGGCCAAUAUUGUCCAAUUUUAUAGAGCUGAUUCAUUAUAAUUUCUAAACAUAUUCACACGUAUGUAACCUGGGUGCACUUUUAGUCAUGGUUGUGACUGUUUUGUUGUAAUACAGCCAGGAAUGCUCUAUGAUUACCUUAAUUAUCAUAAACAUUAAUCUUUUUUCCCCAACAGACCUAAAGACGUGUGACAAUGGAUAAGUGUUAUGAAAUGUGUUUGUUUUAAUAUCUAAGAAACUGACACAAUGUCAUAAUGACAUUUUGGUAAUGACUAAUAACAUCAUUAUUGUCAAAUAAUUACAAAUGGUUUAUAUUUUUUACAACUGCAGUAUGGUUGUGGGCUUUACACCUCUGUAUAAUACAUAUGAAAAUUAUAUUCAAAAUAAUUAAAUACAUUUUGAUCAGUAAGUAAAUCAGAGUACUGCAGAGGGCAGUUUUGUUUCUUUGCUCCUCAGGGUUUUAAGCAGGGACUGACUUUGUCAAUUAACAGUAUUGAAAACUGAGAAUGAAUUGUCCAGCGAAAGCAAAAUCUAAAAGUUGCAGCAAAAUGUUUGCUGUAAUUUGUCUGUAAAAUAUGUUCAGUGUUCAAUAAACCAUGUUUUGUUUUUGUUCGUCAA